CAUGAUACGUGAUGAACGAAAGUAGAACCGAGACGAGCGUUGAACAAGGUUGCUGAUACAAACAGCAACAGUCUGUUGAGAUAUCUGCACAUCUCUCCUGCUCAUCUCAUCGCCAAGAUAUCUCAAUAUAACCUUGGUUCAGAAGGUUGUACGACAGGGGCUGGGCUGUAGACUGGUGCAGAUCUAAAGAUGUUUGGAAUGAACAAUGGCAUCUAUCACACUGACAAGCAUUGGAACUCCGUCUAUCAGUAUGUCUUUGGAGGAUUUGUAUUGUUCUUUCUGGGCUUCCUCGCGAAAGUUGGCAAAGAUCUCGGCAAAUUGAUAUCCGAGAAUAUCUACGAACGGUUGACGUACACGGCUGAGUUCACCAGUGAAGACGAAUCGUUUCGAUGGAUCUCCGCAUGGAUCUCGACAAACCCAUGCUUUGCGCAAGCACGUGAAAUAUCCAUCUUCUCCUCUUUCCGUUGUCUUGGUCCGCUGAACAGAGGGUUGGAUUCGGAACCUGGCAAAUACGUUUACCUGCCCCUUGACUGGGUAGCGCUGAGGCACAGAGGAUACUGGAUCCUGGUGCUACGGAACAAGCGCAUCUCAACGCAGAAGAACAUCUCCUCCAAGCACGAGAUCUUGAGGCUGCAGAUCCUUGGAGGGUCCAAGUCCUUUCUGUUGUCAGUGCUCAAUGAAGCGAAAAGCGCGUACGAAGCUGCGGAGGUCAGCAGGACCAACAUCUACAUGGCUGACAGCGACAUGGAGUGGAACAAGAUCGCGUCGAGGAUGGCUCGCUCGCUCAGCUCUGUUCUCAUGUGGCCAGCUGACAGAGCCGAUGGGAUCGUGCAGGACUGCUCAAGGUUCCUCGAUUCUGAGAUCUGGUACGCUUCCAAAGGAAUCCCUUGGCGACGCGGGUACCUGCUGUACGGGCCUCCAGGAACAGGCAAGACGAGUCUUGUGUGCGCUAUCGCUGGCGAGCUGAAACUUCCCAUCUACAUAGUCACCCUCUCCAACCCCAAGUUGACUGACGACUCCUUUGCCGACCUGCUCAACCGCUCGGCCACCAGGAGCAUCCUCCUCCUGGAGGACGUUGAUGCUGCGUUCCAGCAGAGGAGCGGUCAAGAGGUGUCGGGAUCUCUUACCUUCUCCGGCCUCCUCAAUGGCCUCGAUGGCGUCGCGUCGCAGGAGGGCCGCCUGCUGUUCAUGACGACGAACCACCGGGAGAAGCUUGACCCUGCGCUUGUUCGUCCAGGGCGUGUGGAUGUGGAGCUCGAGUUCUUUUGCUGCAUGAAGGAGCAAGUCCGCAAGUAUGUUGAGAACUUCUUCAACAACAUCACGGGAGACGAAGUUGAGGAGUUCUGUGAUGCGGUGCCCCCAAACACGGUUACAGUCGCUGAGCUGCAAGCUUGCCUCUUACUGCACAGAGACAACAAAUACGAAGCUCUCUCUGCAGUGAAGAAGGUUGUGCAACAAAAGCUGCAGCUAGGUGAAACUUCAUUUUAAUAUUGUACAGACAUUUGUAACUAUAUGAAUCAUGACAAAAGUAG